UCUCUCCAUUCUAUUUCUUCAUGUUUCAUCUUCUUUCGUCAUCCUCAUUCUCUUUCUUCAUCUCUUCAUUCUCUUUUUUUCAUGUUCCAAUUUCUUUUUUCAUCCUCAUCUAAUCUUCAUUUUAGAUUUUUAUGGCACAAAUCUCACUUUCUUUUAUUUCAUUGACAUCAGUGUUUUGGCACUAACCACCACCGAUGUCCUCCUCUUCCUCAUCCCUUCCUUGCCAGCAUACCCAAUCUAUGAAUAUAUCUAUUAGGCUUUUGGGGGUUAGGGAUUGUGAUUAAUUUUAGGGUCUCAGCAAGUAGGGAAUGUACAUCUCGUUCUAAUUUUUAACUUAGAUGUUAUAUAAAAUGUUAGUGCAUAUCUUGUUUACUAGGAAACUAUGCUUACCAGACUUUCUGUCGGAGGAGGAGAGCAGAGUCAUAUACAAACAGUCGGUACUCAAGGAUCGUACGGAAGGACUGAGUGUUGUUCUGGUGGAUCCUCUCUUAAAGAAGCAUGUGGUUGAUCUAAGGAAGUGGAAGAUGGGUGGAAGGUGGAACUACGUCUUCGUUGAUGGUUGGAACCAAGUUGUCUCCACCAACACGUUUAAGGUCGGCGACAUCUAUCAUGUCUGGUCUUUUCGAUCCCGAGGAGGUAACCUCUGCUUUGCUCUCGUCCCUCCUAGAAACUCCAGCGAUUCUGGUCACGGCGGCUCUAAUUCCUGCCUCUCUUCUUGGUGAUGCUUGAUACUACUCUGUUUAUUUCAUAGCCUAUGGUCUCACGUUAGAAGCAUUUAUCUUUCCAGAUAAUAUAAUUUUGCAGUGCAGUUAUUUUUUUCUCUUGAUAGUAGAGAAGUUUGUUUUUUUUCCUGUUUUGGUUCAGUGAUAUCAUCUUCUGUAGUAGACUGAGUAUCAAAUCUCAAAUGAAUCAAAACGAGAUUAUUUUAAAAGCA